CCUUUGAUAACUUCUCUUGUUUAGAACAAUUUUUAAAUAUUUGUUCGUGUAAUGACUUUGACAGCAUUUGCAUAUUAAUUUCAUUGAUCCUGGUGUUGUCAUCACGUGCCUUUAUAUUAUUUUUCCUCUUUUUUGAAGCAGAAUUUGAAGUUUUAAUUACAUUGAAUGUACCUCUUCCGUCGAAUAUUGUUGUAUUAAAUAACGCUGCUGAAGCAGAAUUUGAAGUUUUAACAUUGUUAAAGGUUAGGUUUUUACACAUCUUUUCCUUCAUGUUCCAUUCUUCUUUUGUAAAAACCUUUAUUGAACCUUGUUUCCAUUUAUUCAUUUUAUAAGCACUGAUACAAUAGUUACAAUGACUCGAAAUCUAUAUCACAUGAAUUUUCAUUUCAUUUUACUGUUUACAACUUUGUUCAUGAUUACAAUGUAGUAACAAUGUGCUCAACACGUGACUUUAUUAUUACCAAUAUGUAUCAGAAAUCUAUAAUUAAUAAACCGCAUCAAGUAAAUUCUUACCUUUGUUAACUGUUGGUAUUAAUCGGAAAAUAAUGAAUAUUUCGAAUAAUUCAAUGAAAUUUAUCAAGUUAACGAAGUUAUAUGUCAAACAUUUUGAACUUCUGAGUCGUCCAUGUUAAACCGAAUGUACAAUUUGAAAUCUCCCAUCUCGUGUGCGUACUAAUAUUAAAAUGUGCAGAAUAUUUUAACAAUAAAUAUAAUAGCAUUUUAUAUAAAGUCUAUUAAUAUAUAAAAUGCUUACUAUUAAUAGAAAAAUAACGUUAACGUGGUAUUAAAGUAUACAUAUACAUGUAUACAUACAUAUAUACACAUACGUUGUACCUCGGUAAUGUAUUAAACACAGCUGAAAGAAAUGCAUCAAUAAAAUACACCUAAGUGUGUUAUUAUCUUCAUAUAAAAUUAAUAAAUUGUUAUUUUGAUAUAUUUUGCAAGCUUCACCUAUUUCUAUUAGGCACUAGUAGUGAUUACGACGACAUCUUUGUAGCGUCUGCCAGUUUAUUGUGUUCAUCAUGGCUUCGACGGAAUCCUUGGUAUGCGAGACACUGGAUUUAAGUGGUCAGGGUCUUAAAAAACUCUCCCGUUGUCCAUCGGACGCAGAUAUCAGUACAUUGAUUUUAGACGACAAUGAGCUUCAGCGUCUCGAUAAUCUUGAUUCUUAUCAUAGAAUUACUAAGCUUUCUAUCGUAAGAAACCAGCUACUACGAAUGUAUGGAGUAUCAAAGUUACAUAAUCUUGUAACUCUUAAUUUAGCGAAUAAUGGUAUCUUAACCAUUGAAGGCAUAAAGGAUAUGAUAAAUUUACAAACUCUUUGCUUGGCUGGCAAUAAUAUAAAGUCUAUUGAACAUUUACACACAAACACCAAAUUGGAACAUUUAGAUUUGUCUGAAAACAGCAUCAGUCAUAUCUCAGACAUAUCGUAUCUAAGACAUUUAAAGGAACUUUUCUUGCAUAACAAUCGCAUCAUAACAUUAAGGCAAUGUGAACGCUACUUACCUAGUUCAUUAGAAACAUUUACCUUGGCAAAUAAUAAUAUUACUGAUUUAAAUGAAAUGUCACAUUUAGCUAAUUUAAAAAGUUUAAUCAAUUUUUCGAUUGCCAAUAACCCAUGCGUCAGUAUGACAGGUAAUAGUAUUGGGUUUGACUAUCGCCCUUUUGUUAUCAAUUGGUGUAUGAGCUUAAAAUCAAUUGAUGGCUAUCCUGUUGAUCCUAUUGAAAGUUUGAAAGCAGAGUGGCUGUAUUCUCAGGGACGUGGUAGACAAUUUCGUGUUGGGGAACAUGCACUGCUAGCUCAGUACCUAGCAUCUGUCUGCCCUCUCUCUGGUGAAUCCCUAGAAAAUGAAACUGACAGGAAGCUUAGGCUGAUUUUGAGUAAAGCGCAACAUCAUCAACAGCAAUUAAACCAACAAAGCGACACUGGAAGUGUGCACAGCUUAAGUAGCGUUGGAAUGAGUCCUUCUCCAGCCACUAGGCGUAGACUUAGUCAUAACAGGACAAGUUCUCCUAGACGUGCCAUUGCGCCAUUGUUGACAUACUAUGAAGAUAAAUGCUUACAAUCACCAAAAUUUUAUGAAGCAAAGUACUGUGUGUGCCAUUCACCUUGUAAAGGUUCAUCAAGAAAUUCGUUAAGAAUUAGAUCUCCAGAUAGGAUGGUAUCUAGCUGUCACACAGAUGCAAUGGUUUCUUCGUGCCACACCCUUUUAAAUGAAGAGCAUGAAACAUUAAUGACUCAAAGUUUGGAUCCAAAUAUGUUAUGUGGCAGCUUAAAUAAUAAGAUAUCAAAUAACACCAUCUCCAGUAUCGAAGAAACAUCUAGUCCUCUACAGGCUGCAACAAAAUUAGUUCCGGUUCCUGAAUCCUUAAUGAGUCCAGAUUUUCGUCCACCGUCUGGACUUGCACGCAUUCUGGCAAAAACUCCACCAAGUAAAUUAACAUCACCGUGUCAAAUUACAGUACCCAGUAAACCUGUAACCGAUGGAGAUGGCAAGGCUAUUCCAAUAAUAAAUACAGUAAAUCCAAUGGCAAAAACAAAUCUCAGUUCGGUAAAAGCAAAUGCACUUGUAAAAAGUAACUCUGCGACCAAUUGCAGUAUUGGAAAACCAAAUAUCGCUAAACCUGUUGUUACAAAUCCUAGUAACAAAUGUCCACAUAGCGUGAAAAUUAAUAAUUAUGUUCAAAGUAAAACAUUACCUGGACGACGAAGUACAAAAAAUUCACCAACCCUAGGCAGAAUCAUACAAAGGCCAAAAAGUGCAAACGAUAAAAUUAAAAGUAGUAUAAUCAAAAAAACGGGAGAUGGAGAUGCAGGUAAUGUUACCCAAAGUAGCGAUGAAGAUAGCGAAGUAUGCCAAGCGAAAUUGGAUAGCAUUCGUAACCGAGCUAUUCAAAGAAGACAGGAAGACAGUAAUAAAGAUCAAGAUGAAGCUGAGAAAGCAGCAAUAUGUAUUCAAAGGAUGUGGAGAGGCUACCAUACCAGAAAUCUUAAUAAAAAGGCAACUAACGUCUUGAAGACUAUUGAAAUGAUGAGGACAAUUAAAUAUAUCCAGAAACUUUCUACUGAUAUGGAAGCUACUAGAACAGCUUUGGAAAGUGAACAUAAGCUGCAAUUAUUACAAAUGCAAGCAAUCAAUGCAUUAUGGAAAAAAGUUGUUAGUUUACAACCUAGUAGUAAUCGAGAGCCUGCGAGUAACGAUAAUGAAAAUCUUGCGCAGAAUGUAGAUGUUGUAACCAAUCUAGCACAGACGUGUAAUUUGUUACAUACUCAGGUUCAACAAUUACAAGAUUCUAUGUCAGAAAUAAAACGAUGCAUGUCAAACAUGCAAUCAAAACAGAAUCUCAUUGAUAAUGCUGUCGCGACUCAAACUGAAAUUUCUGCGGUUCAUACGCCAGCAGGCGAGGAGAAUACAUUUCCCUACACUCGAGCACACAGACCGCAGACAUUACCGAUUCAUCAAACAAUCCACGAAGGCAAUGAAAACAAAAGUUUUGCAUCUAAUCUGAUCGACAGCGUGUUAAAGAAAGUUUCUCAGUCCACCGAUACGACGGACGACGAGGUUAAUACUGACAUAUUAAACUCUAAUGAAAAUCCUGAGCUACUGAAUUCAAAUGAACAUCCAGAUAUGUUUAAAAGUUGUGAAGAGAUCGUGGAACCUGAGUUUAAAGACGUAGUGAACAACGACGCAACGAAAGAGUACGAUGUUAUUGACAAUGCUGUCAUAAAUGGCGAAGUUUGCGAAGAAACGUUAUGUAAAGAGUUACACAAUUUAAUCGAAACAGAAAUUACAUCAGAAACUUGCCAAAAUCUCGAUAAAGAGGAGAGUUCCGAACAAGUUGAGAGGGAAGAAGUUUAAUUCGAUGAAACACGCGGAAAAUAAAUAAGGAAAACGAAGGUGCAAAGUCAUAAGUUUUGAAACGGAAAUUAUGGAAAGAUAUUGUGAAUUACAGCGAAUAGUGUUUAACACACGACUGGAAAUGAUACAUCUAACUAAAAAUGCUCACUGUACAUAAGUUAAAAGAUAGCUUUUAUCGUAUUCAGACAACCAAAGUUUUAUGAUUUUAGUCGCACGAUACUUCCCACAGUUUAUACUUAAGAAGGAUGUGAUAAUUUCAUCGAAAGUUAAGGAACUUUCUGCGAUAAAAAAAUGAGAACAAGUACUAGUUACAUAAUUUUAAAUAAUCACAUCGUUAAACAGUUUUAUCAUGUAUUGUCGUACAUCGUGGUCAUUGAAGCAAUUUCGAAAAUUUUCCGUCCACAUAUCUGGCCCCUGAAAAUUUCAUCGAUGUACAAAGUGUGUAUUAAUAACUUUGAGUAUCGUUUAAAAAAAAAAACUUUGCUCCUUCUUAAAAACACACAAAUGUUAUUGUACAGG